AUGCCACCACCGUCCGCGGUCGAAGUGUCAGCUACUUCAGACACUUCUGGAGUCACUCUCCCGAACCCGCUGAGUGCACCAGUGCAGAGCAACGAGAUCCAUGGAAGAAGAAAAAAGACGGCUGUGUCACAAUGGGGUGUGGCCGCGCCGGCGGAUACAGCAAACUUUCGGCUCAGGUCCCAUGAUCACAAACCAAAGGCCAAGCAAUGGAGUCAUAUUAUGACCAAGGAGGCUAGCAUACGAAAGGGAAACUCACUCAAAGAAGCUGCCAAGUUUCUCGGGACACCAGGCAUCAUUUCUCUUGGCGGCGGUCUACCGUCCAGCGAGUACUUUCCUUUCGAAGAGCUUUCCAUCAAAGUUCCCAAAAUCGGGCACUUUUCAGAGGCCGAAACUAAGGAAUCUGGUGUGAUUAUUACAGCCGGUAAACAUGAUCUCGCAGAGAACAAAUCUACCUUCGAUAUCGCUACGGCGUUCAAUUACGGACAGGGAGCUGGUUCUGCACAACUCUUACGGUUUAUGACGGAGCAUACAGAGCUGGUGCAUGACCCACCGUAUGAAGACUGGAAGUGUACAAUGACGGUUGGAAGCACAUCUGCCACAGAUAUGCUUCUACGCAUGUUUACGCGGCCAGGCGAAAUGAUUCUAUCUGAAGAGUAUACCUUCUCCGCCUUUGUAGAAACCGCCCGACCUAUGGGCGUACGCGUAUGCAGUGUCCCGAUCGACAAUGAAGGUCUCCUUCCAGCAGAGAUGAACAAUAUUCUCACAAACUGGGACCAAACCGCCAGACGCGCUCCAAAACCACAUCUCCUCUACACUGUACCCACCGGCCAGAACCCCACAGGCGCAACGCAAAGUGCAGAGCGACGACGAGCCCUGUACAAAGUAUGCCAAAAACACGACAUCCACAUCAUAGAAGACGAGCCCUACUACUUCCUGCAAAUGCAACCUUACACAGGCCCCGACGCCCCUGCCGUACCCCCGCCCUCUUCCCACGCCGAUUUCAUCAAAACCCUCGUCCCCAGCUACCUCUCCAUGGACACAGACGGUCGCGUAAUCCGCAUGGACUCGUUCUCAAAAGUCAUCGCGCCCGGCUCACGAGUCGGCUGGAUCACAGCGCCCGCCCAAGUCGUCGAGCGCUACGCCAAAUACGCAGACGUAUCCACGCAGAACCCGUCUGGUAUCUCGCAACUCGUCCUCUUCAAGCUCCUCGAUGAACACUGGGGCCACGCCGGCUACCUCGACUGGCUCAUCCACAUCCGCAUGCAAUACACCGCGCGCCGCGACAUCAUCCUCGCUGCGUGCGAAAAGUACCUCCCGCGAGAGGUCAUGGCGUGGAAACCGCCAAUGGCCGGUAUGUUCCAUUGGAUGCAAGUCGAUUUCAGGAAACAUCCUGCGUAUCCUGAGAAGAGCAUUGAGAGUAUCGAGGAGAGUAUUUUCAUGCGCGUGAUUGAUCAUGGUGCGUUGGUUAUGCGGGGGAGCUGGUUUUAUGCGGAUAAUGAGGAGGAGCAUGAUACGUUGUUCUUUAGGGCGACGUAUGCGGCUGCGCCGGGGGAGAAGAUUGAGGAGGGUAUUAGGAGGUUGGGAGAAGCGGUUAGGGAGGAGUUUGGUUUGGGCGUUUAG